CCGCAACCUCGCCGUCGGCUGCGAGGUCGCGAACGCCCGGAUGAGAUCCGGGAUCACGCGGCGGAUGCUACACUCUCCGAACGGAGGGAAGUCGUAUCCCGCGCGCUCCGUCCGCCUCGCGCGGCCGUAACGCGCUCGCGCGCGCGCGCCCGUUUCUGUGAGAAAAAAAAUUGGUUUUUGGGGGGAGACUGGAGAGAGAAAAGAAAAGGGAAACGGGUGCAGCGCUUUGACUAGCGAAUCGCCGCUGUGUACGUUGUUAGAAGCCGCAGAUCAUGACGCUGACUUUGAAUCGGUCGUGACAAGUCUCUGUUUCAAAAUCCUACAUUGACCGCUCGUACUUGUUGACAUGGUAAAAAUGGCAUAUGCACCACUCUCCACUUCCUCCAGGCUCGUAUCCAUAGACACAAUGUCCAACAUAUGCCCGAAUAAUGUGAUAAAACCUACCUUGUCUGAAGUGUUGCAAUCAGACUCAGUGAAACGGCUUUUUAAUCAACCGAACCUUGUCAUUCAGACAAUUUCUUCAAAACCAUUGGCCGAGUCUGACAAUAAUAUGUUUUGGCACAAGAGGAAUGGUAUGAAUACAACGUCAAACUGUACAAGACCAUCCGAAAUAUCGAUAUUCCCUGUCAGGACAGCAGACGAGGAAAAGGAAGACGACAAUCUUCUACCUUCAAAAAUAGAGCACAAGAAAUCGGAAAUCGCUCUGUUACCCAUUAAAAAGAAAUCAUGUGGUCAUUAUGAGCCGUGCGAAAAUAUCGUUUGCGACGUGACGCUACAGCAGUAUGUGGAUAAAGAUGGUAUGUCACCUAUGUUAGCAUUGAGCAUAGAGGAAGACGAGAUAAACGCGCCGGUUGAAAAACACUGUAAAAAUGAGAAUUGUGAUGCAUUAAGUAUCGAUCAUAAUCGCUGUCGCCGGGCAUUGAUAAAAUUACACAGGUGCGACAAAUCAUACAUGUGCGAUAUUUGUGGAAUAAAACUUAGAGAAAUAAGAAAUAAGGAUAAGAAAUGGAUAUCUCGGAUAUAUCACAGGAAUUGCACGAGAAAGAAAGAGUACGUUCAUAACAACGUGGACAGAUCGCAUUUACAGAAGGAACGGAUGCGCAUGCGAGAAUUGCAGAUCUUGGAAAUUGCGAGAAUGAAGAAACACAAUUACUCGGAUCUCGCCACAACGAUAGAGACGCUGCGAAGAAACGAGGAGUUGAUCAUUAUUCCGCAAAAAGUAUCUAGUCAACCGAUUGUCAUCACGACUUCGGUAUCUAGCACUCAAUUGACCAGUUCUAAUUUGAUUACCGCUCAACCUAUCAAAAUUAAUUCGCAAAUAACUAAAGCCACGAAUAUCUUUGGAAGUGUGCCUCUCAUGGUUUCAUCGCAGAACACCGUGAUUUCCGGCAACACGUUGCAUUCAGAAAGCAAAGUAAAAUCGAUAAGUCAAGUAAGAUUUCGAAAUUUACAACAAAAUUCCCACUUGAAAUCUACUUCAGUUCCGACUCUGGCUCCAGUUCAAACUCAAGUUUCAACGCCAGCUUCAACUUCAGCUGCAGUUCCAACUCUAACUCUAGCUCUAGGUCCAGCUUCAACUCCACCUUCGGCUUCAGCUCCAGUUUCAACUUUAACUCUAGCUUUAGCUCCAAAUUUAGCUCCAGCUCCAGCUUCAGUUCCAGCUUCAGAUCCAGCUUCAACUUCAGUUCCAACUCUAGCUCUAGCUCUAGCUCCAAGUCCGGCUCCAGUUUCAACUGUAACUUCGACUACGGCUCCCACUCGUACCACUUCUACACCUGCUCCGGUUGAAUCUCCGCGUAAACAAUAUAUUCGCCUCACAGUUUCACCUCAAGCUACUACUGGUCAGCCUAUAACGAUAAACAAUUUGAUUAUAUCACCAUCGCACAUUUUAACGACCACGGCAGCUCAGCCUAAAACGUUUCUCGCACCGAUACGCGUGGUACCUAUAGCCAACUUGAUAAGUCCGCCGUCGUUGCUACAUCGUACGCAGGGUAUUCCUAAGUUCUGCAUCGUUACAGAAAAUCUUGCACCGGUAGCCAUUCCGAAAUCACCGUCCAUUCAACCUGCUAGUGCAGCCGCCGAUAUUACUCCUGUUACUUCUACGAAGCAAGUAAAUGCUUCGAAAUUACUGAUGCGCAAUCCAAUAUCAAAAGUGCGUAAAACACCGAAGUCGAUGAAAGCGAAAAAGAGUUUCUUCUGCGUCUACUGCUCCAAAAAUAUCACUACUGAUUGGUAUUUCAAGAUGCAUAUCGCAAAACACAGAGGCGAGAAACUUUUCUUCUGUAACUUUUGUGACGAAUCCUUCAGCAAUAAUUAUGACAUGAAAAAACACAUAAUUAAUCAACACACCAGUCAGAAGGAGCUUGCAUGCGACAAAUGCAAUUAUACUAGCACGUCACUUGCUACUUUCAAAAGCCACGUCCAAACACAUACGAUAUGCAGUCGUAAUAAAGCAGACGUCCAAUCGAAAAAGCAAAGAAAGCUUUCAGAAGAACUUUCGGAAGAUAAAAUAAACCGUAAGUUAAGUCAUAAAACAUACAAAAGGAAAGUAAAAAGAAUAAUCAAUAGUCAGAAUAAACGCGUCGAAAAGCACAACAAUAAAGAACUAUUAACGCUUAACAUAGGUGGCAAUGCAAAGACAAAAGGAUUUAACUUCGUUUCCAUGAAAAAAAUUGUCGAACCUGAAAAUUUCGAGCAAGAAUCUGCUAUUACAUCAAGAUGAAGCGUGCAAUAUAUUUUAGUUUUGACAUACAAAAAUAUUUUGCCAAAUAUAGUUUGUUAAAAAGAAUUUGUAUGGGAGAAGGUAAAUACAUGAAGAAGAGCAUCCGAGCAGUUAUCUCGUUGUGCAGCCUAAUAAUACGAAGUAUGUAUGUAUGUGAAUCUCAUCGAUGCAAAUUAUUCUUGAUUUACACGGUCACACUUUCAAUUACUUUGUAAAUAAAAACCGCGAUGUGAAUCCGUGUGUGAAUCUGAACUGCUCAUAUUCUUUUCGCAAAAUGCAACAUUUCAAAUUCUAUUUUUACACGCUAAUUUAAUGAAAUUAUUUAAUGAAAUUAUUUUAAUAAGGUUAUUAAUAUAUCGAUCGCGUUGCAAUCCAAUCAGUUACAUUUACGAAAAUAAUUUUUCUUUACAUUCCUGUAUUAGAUACAAAAUAUAAAUUAUAU